GUAAGUAAAGCUUCAAGCUUUGUUAAAAUCAAUCGUUCUUCCUUGAUCCUUUACAUUUGUUUCAGUUUUGAGGACUUACGGAUCUCUGUAUAUAGCUUUUCAAUUUAGUAACAUCUUUAUAGUAGUAGAUACUCUAAUACGGAUUCGAUUCUAUAUAGGUAUCUGGGUUUUGUUUUUUUUUUGAAAUUGGAAUCUAUAUAGUAAUACUACUAGUAUACAGCGGCUAUUGGGUUUUAGAUCAUAACAAAAAUGGUGAAUGCUACUAGUUGUAUUGGCGUUUCCAUAGUAAUGAAGCCGUAUAGUAAAAUCUUAGUCGGCGGUAGGAAUUCCUCUAUUUUCGGAUUUCCUUUCCCAAAAUGUAAUCAUUUAAUUGCUGAUAAUUUGUCGAAAUUACAAUUUAAAGUAAAGGGUAUUGGUCGAUUUAGUAGUUGUAAUGGGAAUAGAUUAGGAUUUGUUCCUAAAACUGAUCUGAAUCGGAUUUCUUUUUAUGGGUCUGAUUUGGGCUGGGGGCAAACUAGGGGUUUUAGGAGUUGUUUCAUUGAUAAGCGAAAGUUUGCAACGAUUAUAGUCAAUGUUGCAUCGAAUAUAAGGUUGAAUUCGACAUCAGCAGAAAAGAAUGUUGGUCAGACAGGGUUUGAGAGUAUUUACAUUCAAGGUGGUUUGAAUGUGAAGCCUGUAGUGAUUGAGAAUAAGGGAUCAGGUGUAAAGGAACGAGAGUUUAAAUUAGAAGAAGCUAAUGAAUCAAAAGUAAAUGCUGAUAAGGUAGAUACUUUAGGAGGUUUGAAUAAGGAAAAUGUGUUGGUCAAUGAGAAAGAGUUGUCUGAGAUUGAAAAAGAGGCUUGGAAGUUGCUUCGAAAUGCAGUUGUGACCUAUUGCGGGAACCCAGUUGGGACAGUUGCAGCAGCUAGUGAUUAUGCUGAUAAGCAACCACUCAACUAUGAUCAAGUUUUCAUCCGUGAUUUUAUUCCUUCAGCAGUUGCCUUCUUGCUUAAUGGAGAAACUGAGAUUGUUAAGAAUUUCCUUCUCCACACUUUGCAGCUGCAGAGUUGGGAGAAGACAGUGGACUGCUACAGCCCUGGACAGGGGUUGAUGCCAGCAAGUUUUAAAGUUAGAUCUGUGCCUCUUGAUGGAACUGUUGAUGCCUUUCAGGAUGUGCUGGACCCAGAUUUUGGAGAAUCUGCCAUUGGGCGUGUUGCACCUGUUGACUCUGGCUUAUGGUGGAUAAUUUUGUUAAGAGCUUAUGGAAAACUCACUGGUGACUUUUCCCUGCAAGAGAGAGUGGAUGUUCAGACAGGCAUAAGACUGAUCAUGAACUUGUGUUUAGCUGAUGGAUUUGACAUGUUUCCUACCCUUCUAGUCACUGAUGGAUCCUGUAUGAUUGAUAGAAGAAUGGGUAUUCAUGGCCAUCCUCUUGAAAUCCAGGCCCUAUUCUAUGCUGCUCUGCGAUGUUCUAGAGAGUUGCUAAUUGUGAAUGAUGCAACCAAGAAUCUGGUUUCUGCCAUCAACAAUAGGCUUAGUGCAUUAUCAUUUCAUAUCAGAGAGCAUUACUGGGUGGAUUUGAAGAAAAUAAACGAGAUCUAUCGUUACAAAACAGAAGAAUAUUCUACUGAUGCCAUCAAUAAGUUCAAUAUUUAUCCAGACCAAAUUCCAUCAUGGCUAGUGGACUGGAUUCCUGAUGAAGGUGGUUAUCUGAUUGGUAACCUGCAACCAGCACAUAUGGACUUUAGAUUCUUCAUGCUUGGGAAUUUGUGGUCAGUUGUUGCGUCUCUUGGGACUUCCAAACAGAAUGAAGGCAUUCUGAAUCUGAUCGAAUCUAAAUGGGAUGAUCUUGUUGGACAUAUGCCUCUGAAGAUAUCUUAUCCGGCUCUGGAACAUGAAGAAUGGCGUAUAAUCACUGGAAGUGACCCAAAGAACACGCCAUGGUCAUAUCACAAUGGUGGAUCCUGGCCAACACUUCUAUGGCAGUUCACAUUGGCCUGCAUGAAGAUGAAGAGACCAGAACUAGCAAGAAAGGCGAUAGCCUUAGCUGAAGAAAAACUUUCUGCAGAUAACUGGCCUGAAUACUACGACACACGUGGUGGGAGAUUCAUCGGGAAGCAGUCAAGACUCUACCAAACAUGGACAAUCGCGGGUUAUCUAACUUCUAAGAUGUUACUGCAGAAUCCAGAAAAAGCAUCAUUAUUGUUCUGGGAAGAGGAUUAUGAGCUUCUCGAAACAUGUGUAUGUUCUCUCACCAAGUCUGGUCGGAAGAAAUGUUCACGCCGUGUUGCUAGAUCUCAGGUAGACAUUUAUUAGUUAUAUGCGUAGAAGGUCUAAGUUAGCAGCCAAUGUUUUAAACGACUUUUAGGUCUUGGAUUAUUGGAAUUGGUGAUGAAGCUUUGUUUUGCUUACCCAAUUCUUCGUGCUUAGGUCUUACUAAUUGACUCUAU